CUCUCGUCCAGUGAAAGCUCUUGGACCACGAGCAUCCAGUGCUUCACUGAGAUUCGUCAGGGGUAGAGAUACAAACGUUUGCGGUCGCACCCACCGAGUACACUCUUGCGCAACCAUCAUUUCCCGAAGGGAUCGAUUCAAAUAGGAACAUCCUUCCUCUGGUAAAUCUCCUUCCCUGAAUGGAUGAUACUUGAGUUCAACGCGAAGAAGGUAAUCAUUGUACAGACUGACGAGCAGUACUCCAUCCCGGAUUGUAGACAAACGAUUUCGCAUUUGAACAGCAUCAGAGCAUAGCGUGUUGAAAAUAUCUUUACAUAUCAGAGUUUCUUGAGCCCACUUGAGAGCAUCGCUCCAAUGGAUGGAUUCAAUUUUGCUAUCAUCGAUCUUCAUAUAUUCAAAUUGAUGAUCGUCCAAACUGGCGAACAAAUCACGAUUGGUGUAAUCAUCUUUGACAAUUGAGACAGACAAUGUUGAACGACGUGUCAGGUCUCGAGGAACAGUCACCUGCAAAACCGUUGUAUUCGCAUCGAUUGACGUUCCAGGAGGCAAUGAAAUUCUUGUUAUAUCGAACAGUUCUCGCGGAUUGUACUUGGAGCCGAAUAUACGGUAGCCAAGAUCGCCGUAGAUAUGAUCACCGGUUUUUCGAACCCUCCAGUACUCACGCAUUUUCGUCAAUUCCAUAAAGAACUGACUCUUCUGCUGAUGAACCUCAUCUUCGACCUCGACGUUUCGUAAUCUCUGUGCUAAUUCAAGAACGCUCAUCGCUUCCAACAACGCCUUCCGUUUCCAAACCCACUGCGUGGCCUUACUUGCUGCGGCAUUUUCGGAUUGCAUAGGUGCUGACUCUGCAUGAAUUGGAUCGAGAAUCGUCAACGGUUUCAUGUAGUCGGUCGCCCGCAUGAUCGCAAGGUUGUCAAGGAGAACGUUGAAUUGUUGCAGAGAUUCAUGUAA